AGGAGGAGGAGACAGAGCGAGAGUCGGUUUGAGGUACAGAAGAGGAGGAGAGACACACGGGGAGCGAGCACUAACAGCAGCAGCAGCGGCUACAGCAGCAGCAGGAGGAGGCGCCGUGCACUGGAGGAGAAGCAACGCACGGAGGUCGCGAAACGAGACCGAGGAGCGACGCGUGGCGGUGGUCGUGGUCGUGGUGGUGGAGGAGUUGGCGGAGAGAGGCGCGCGGACGCGAGCCGAGACAGCGGCGGCACCGCGAGGGGUCAGAGCGGAGAGACGCCGCACAGGGAGGGAGGGAGUGGGUGAGAGAGGCGACCGGGAGCGCCGGAGCAGAGCGCAGCGAGGAGUGAGCCGAGGAGGAGAGACGCGAGGAGGGCACGGGGCGGGCGUGCGACGCUCCGAGCAUGGUGAGGGACAUGGAGCACACGGCGCGUGAGAAGCCCCGGGCCAGCCCCGACUACCUCAUGCAGCUCAUCAACGACAAGAAGCUCAUGGCUAGUCUGCCCAACUUCUGCGGGAUAUUCACGCACCUCGAGCGCCUGCUGGACGAGGAAAUCAGCCGCGUGCGCAAGGACAUGUACGUGGAGUCGCUGAGCGGGGGCGCCGGUGGGGGCGCAGGAGGUGGGGGCCGGCCCGAGCUACCCGAGCCCGAGGGGGCUGUGGUGACCCUGCAGCAGAAGCUCUACAUCCCCACCAAGGAGUACCCAGACGUGAGCCCCCACCACCACCACCACCACCCCCACACAACCCCCACUCGGGCCCGCAACGGGGCAUAGGGUAGCAGUCCAGAGGGUAAAUGCACGGCGGGGCCGGUCCAUUCCGAGGGCCGGCGAGACAGUCUGUGUGGGGAAAUUGGAAAUGUGAUCAAAGUAAAAAAAAAUACGUUUUAUUCAUGCAAAGAUAUGUUAUGACUCUAACGUGUACACUUCAUUGCUUAUUUGCACUCCCGGUUGGCAUCAAGUCCCCACACAUUCAGCAGCCCCAAAUAUUCCUCCUCACCGGCCCCAUUUGUGUUUUUGGACCCAGCCCCCAACGGGGCAGGCGUGGUUCGCACGGAAAUUUGGGCCCCGCCGUGUUUACAAAAUGACCGGGCCGAUUU